AUGAAGACCAGUCAUAAUGGCAUUUUGCUUCCCCCCGGUGCCCAUGUUCAUCGGUUCCCAUCCAGCAGGGCCGUUGCUACGAACGCCGUCACUGCUCCCAGCAACGCAGGCGGAGCUGCCAAUACACGAUCAGAGCACCCUGCCACGGCAGUUGUCCCCAAGAAUACCGUGCCUCCCCACCUGAGAGCAAAGAAAACCGCAGAGGCUACCACAUCGAACAAUCACGGAGCUAGAAAGGAAGCCUCCAUCCAAGUUCCGAAGCAAGCCAUGAUCAGUGGCUCCGAGAUUGCUCAGAAUAGGGACAAAGUGGUUCCUCUCACCGUCCAUAGCCAUGGUGCUCUUCAUUCCUCUGUCCCCCAUGCCAGCACUGCCAAAGAUGGCCUAACGACUGAGCGGGGUGGCUCAGGAGACCAUGUCUUGGAUUACUGGUCGGGUUUCUGCAACAUUCGGAUUUCCGAUCAAGGCAAAGACUGUGAGGUCUCGGUAGAACUUGCGGUUCAUCAGACUGCACAGGAUAUCGAUGGCAAAUGCCUUUUCGUCAUGACGCUCCCGAACGGUAUCGUCAAACGGUACAGCAUGAGAUCGUACCUCCUCCAAUUUCAGAAGAGCAACCUUUGUGUCGUCUGCUUUGACUCAGGUGCUGAGAAGGCUUCAUACAAGUUGAAGUUCAAAGAUGAGACUACAGCCUCAGAAUUCCAGCGGCGUGCGGCCAAUCUGCAAAGAGUCGUUGGUUAUGUCCAUGGCCUGCCCACGGCAAACACCAAGACGACUGCCGAGUCCGAGACUGCCUCUAGCACCGAGAAGACAACUUACCGGGAGGGACCGACUCAGCCAGAGCCAAAUGUCUCGGCGGCACCCAUUGAGGGAUUUGCAAACAGUCCACGGGAAAAGACCGAGUCGAAGCCGGCGACUGAGAACGGCGAGUUUUCCAGGAAAUCUGGGGCCGACACCUCCCACGACUCGAAAGACAUUGCGGAUGUCAUGGUGGACGCUUUCAAGAACCUUUCCCUCGACAACAUCAAGGAUGCCGAAAUGUACAAGGCCAAUCGGAACAAGGUUCGAUACAGUGCACAAGAGCUUCUGGAGCGACGUGCUGCUGGUGAGGCUCCUCUUGGUAUCAAGGACAUCAAUAUCCCGCUGAACCAAGUGGUGGCUCUCGGAAAGAAGAACACGCCGGUGUACUCGCGGUCCACUCAUGACAGUGCUAAGUUGAUGGAGUUCCUAGCGGGGGAAAAAGCCCAGCAGCAGGCAGAAGAAUCUCGAAUCGCAAUGCCUGGAUUGUCAAUGGCAGUACAGUGCCAGAAGGCAGCUGCCGCCACCUCUGCCAAUUCCUUGGCUCAAGCCCACAAGGAACCGUCUUUGGAGGAAAAGAACGACGAGACCGUUGCCUACAAGACUGAAGCCAAGCCCGAUGACAAUGCCAAGAAGAACACCGAAUUUACUGCCGCGCCUUACAAGGAAACCCAGAAGUUUUCAGUGAAGGAGAUCAGUGCCGGUCAUACCGCCCACAAUGCUUCGAAGUUGGAUGAUGUGGUCGCCAGCAUCGAAACGGAGGCCGCAUCUGUUCAGGCUACGGUUGACGAGAAGGCCGAGAUCUCUGUGAUUUUAGAGAACGGAGACGAUGGAGCCGCAGUCCUCGAUGAUUCGAACGGUUCUACGAUCGAAUUCCAGCCUUCGCCCAAGGAUGAACGCCCUUCGACUGUUGUUACUGAUCAGCAGUCUCGAAAGCCGAUGAACGCUACAGCUCCGGCUUUCAACAUGGUGGAGUCUGUCCCAACUGCUGCCACUGCCAAUACCACUGCCACGGUGAAGCAGGAUAAUUCUGCCAAAGAGUCAGCUUAUGCGGCACCCAGCGAGGCGCCUGCGCAGCCCGCCCCCACGAUGUCACCCGCGACGACACCCGCUACAGCUCCUGUAGAACAUGCUGAGGGUCAUACCAGCCAUGCUUACGGAUUUCAUGCCCACGGCGAUCAAGGAUUGCUCGCUUCUAUGCCAUUUCCUCAUAUGGCAUUGCCGGGGAUGACUUCACCUCUCAUGACGACUCCGUCCACAGCCCAACCCAAUGUCGCUUACAACUAUCAGAUGCAUGCUCAGCCCAUGAUCCCCGGAAUUCAGCAGUACCCACCGGCCGGCAUUGUGCAUUCUAUGAGCGUAACUUAUCACAUCAGCCUCGGUGGAACAUCCAAUGGACCGGGAGCGCAUGUUGGUCAAACUUCCAUGCAUCCAGCCAACUGCGUCACCGACUUCAAUGGAAACCAGGCGAGCAGUUCAUUCUCGACUGGCAAUCAAUCGUUGGAGCCACAGUCGCAGGGUCAGGCUUGUCAACAGAUUCCCGGUCAGAACCGUAAGCGGAGAGGACUGGAGAGCUCAAUGUUUGCCACUGGAUACAGCGGCGCCAAGUUCGCCGGUAGCUUUACCGGAAAGGUUUCUGAGUGA